GCUGAACGCCGCCCGCGUUGCGCCAUUUUGAAAGUAAUACUGGGAGAGGCAGAGGCGAGGGAAAUCUCAAAGUAGAGUGCAAAGUCUAAAAUUCACUUCUGAGGAUUUGCAGUUAUUUUUAUUUAAUUAAAAAACGGUGUCCUGCUGUCUAUAUCAUCCGAGCUGACGACUUGGACGGUGUUCGGAUUUAAUAGCAGCACUCCCCGGUGUAUUCCUGCACUGCUCCUCUGUCAGAACCAGCAGCCGACCCGGGUCAGCUCCGGUCCAGGGCCCGAUACAGAGACACCCUGUCUGAGUCUCUCACCAUGGCAGGGGCCGGCGGUGGGAACAGUGAUGUGCAAUGGUGCUUUUCACAAGUCAAAGGAGCGAUAGAUGAUGAUGUUGCUGAAGCUGACAUCAUAUCUACUGUUGAAUUCAACCACUCUGGCGAGCUGCUAGCCACUGGGGACAAAGGAGGACGUGUUGUCAUUUUUCAGCAAGAGCCAGAGAGUAAGAAUCAGCCGCAGUGCAGAGGAGAAUACAAUGUUUACAGCACCUUCCAGAGCCAUGAGCCUGAGUUCGACUACCUGAAAAGCCUUGAGAUCGAAGAGAAGAUCAACAAGAUCCGAUGGCUGCCUCAGAAGAACGCAGCACAGUUCCUGUUGUCUACAAAUGACAAAACCAUAAAGCUGUGGAAAAUUAGUGAGCGUGACAAGAGACCAGAGGGCUACAAUCUGAAGGAAGAGGAUGGGCGAUACAGAGAUCUUAAUACCGUCACAACACUACGGGUACCAGUAUUCAGGCCCAUGGACCUGAUGGUGGAGGCCAGCCCUAGACGAGUGUUUUCGAAUGCUCACACCUACCAUAUCAACUCCAUCUCGGUCAACAGUGACUGUGAGACAUACCUGUCUGCAGAUGACCUGCGCAUCAACCUGUGGAACCUGGAGAUUAACGAUCGCAGCUUUAACAUUGUUGACAUAAAGCCAACCAACAUGGAGGAGUUGACAGAGGUGAUCACAGCGGCAGAGUUUCACCCCAACCAAUGCAACACUUUUGUCUACAGCAGCAGCAAGGGCACCAUCCGCUUGUGUGACAUGAGGGCAUCAGCACUGUGUGACCAGCACGCCAAACAGUUUGAAGAGCCAGAGGACCCGAACAAUCGUUCAUUCUUUUCUGAAAUCAUCUCAUCCAUCUCUGAUGUGAAGUUCAGCCACAGCGGACGCUACAUGAUGACCCGCGACUACCUGUCAGUCAAAAUCUGGGAUCUCAACAUGGAGUCCCGGCCAGUAGAGACAUAUCAGGUGCAUGAAUAUCUCAGGAGUAAAUUGUGUUCGCUCUAUGAGAAUGACUGCAUCUUCGACAAGUUUGAGUGCUGCUGGAAUGGGAAUGACAGCGUUGUGAUGACCGGCUCCUACAACAACUUCUUCAGGAUGUUUGACAGAGGCUAUCGGCAGGACGUGACCCUGGAGGCGUCGCGGGAGAACAGCAAGCCGCGCUCGGUCCUGAAACCUCGCAAAGUAAGCACAGGUGGGAAGCGCAAAAAGGAUGAGAUCAGUGUAGACAGUCUGGACUUUAACAAGAAGAUCCUCCACACUGCCUGGCAUCCUCUGGACAACAUCAUUGCUGUGGCCACCACCAACAAUCUGUACAUAUUCCAGGAAAAACUGAACUAGCAUUUGUCGAACCGCUCAGAUGAUACAAGCAUACAAACAAUAUCUGUCCGUCUUUGCCUGAAUCCCCAAGUCUUGAUAUGAUCUGCCCUCUGUGACUUAAGUAUUGAAUGUGACAACAAUAAAACAGGAAAACAAUACAUCCAAGCAGGCCAUCACAAGCACAUUCUCCAUUUGUUUGGGAAAUGCAAACAGGCAGGGUUUGUAGAUCUGAGUCCAGAAUUUGGGAUUUAGUGACGGUUUCUCCAUUAAGAGUACUCUAUAUACCAAGCUACCAUUUGCAACUCCACUACAUCCCAAACCAAAGGGAAAAUGUGUUAAAUACACACGUUUUGGUAGUUUAUUUCUUUGUGCCAUCGUGACAUACUUCAUUUUUAUGUCAGAGCUGCAACUUAAGAUUCUGUAGCUUCCAUGUUUAAUUAGUUUUAAUAGGAAAUUAUUUCUUCUGUUAUAACUUCUUUCUGUCACCAAGUUCCUUUUUCGUGCUGGGUUAAAAACGCUUCUAGUACACGCUGUCAACACUCCAUAUUUGCCCCAAGUAUUUCUCAAGUUGCCAAUUUCACUCACAGCUUCUAUCCUAAUGUACAGUAUGGUAAUGCUGUUAAAGGAAUAUUCUCAUGUUAUAUCAUGUUUUAGCUCAUUCUCUACAAAUAGCUUACAUUACUUCUGACCUUUGACCUAAGCGUACCAAUAUUUCUGAGAUGGUUGUUUAUUUCUCCACAGUAAGAAACUAAAUUGAACCGAAUCAACAUUAAUUCCAACUCAGUGGAUUUCCUGUUGUCUUUGAUUAAGUCAAAGUAGUUAUUUGGUGAUCACGCAGUUAAUAGCCAUACUUUUUCUGUGUUCAAGAAUACUAUAACAUCUGGCACUUUACGUCAGCUACUUCAAAUCUGCCUUUUGAAUGGAGGAAACAAGGAAAUUGUUCUUUUGGAUUAGCGGUAUUCUCUAACAGAAGUUUGAAAAUGCAUUAGCUUCAAGCUAAAAACUGUAAUGCUGGAGUAUCCUGAACAUAUCAGCAUCUGGUUUUUACACCAAUCCAAAGCAAGUUUCCAACCUUUAAGUCGAUUUUCCUUGUAUGUAAUUGUCUACAUAUAUGGAAAUGGUCAGCAGUCAUGUAUAUUAAUGUGUAGAUAAUGGCUAAAAACAUAUACAACCUGAUUAGUCCUUUAACAUGGUCACAAGAGCAGCGCGCGCCGCACACACAUUCGUCAGGUAUUGUGGACAUGGGAGUUGAAUGAGGGCUUAUCAUGCCAAAGAAACCAGUUGUAUGCACCCUAAAGUUAAAAUCAUUGAGAGUUUUCUUACAGACGAGGUGUCCUUGGUCAUGUUUGGAGCAUCGUAUAAAGCACAGGAAAAAGGUUUUAUAGGUGGUAGAGCAUGAUGGCGUGAUGUAGCCUAAUUCUGUCGUAGUCUUUGGCACCGAACCUGAGUCCCGCUGCCAGCUGCCCCACAAAGCCUGUCGUGUUGUCGCAGACUGCUUUAAUCUCUUGAUCUAGUUUCUGUUGGUAGGGAUUUUUUUAUGAUGUUUUGUACUGUACCUGGUGAUAAAAGAAGAAUAAUCACUAUAGCUGAUUUAUUUUUGUAUAAAUUGAGGCAAUAGGAUUACAGUCUGAUCACUGUAGUUUCUUUAGCUGUCUAUCUCGGACUGAUUGUAGAUGGAAGGUCGCCUUUUUCAGGUAAACCUUUUUAUCAUGACUUUUUGUUCAUUUCUUUAAAAGCUAGUGACUUUUUGUGACGUUUCUCACGUGGGAUGUCCCAAGAAAAGUACUUUCAGGUGUCAGUACCUCUGUAGUCAUGAGCACUAUAACAGUUUAUUUUUUUAAUUUGGCAGACUGUAACUGAUGUUUAUUUGGAUGCUUCAGAGUUAGGUUAUUGGUUAAUUUGGAUCUCAACUUUCUGAUUUUGUGCCAUGGUUUUUGUUUCUGAGUAAUUAAGCUCGCUGUGAAAGAAUAGGCCCUUGUGGGUUAAAGACAUUUUAACCAACAUGUAUUGUAAAACUAAAUCGAGACAGGAAUGAAAUGUCUUCUCCUGUGAUGCAGGAGAAGACAGUCUUGUUUAUUUAAAGAGGAGAAUUUGUGAACCACUUGGGUUGCGCAUGAUGUAUGGAGUGGUCAUCACUGACUGUAUUGAACAUGGGAAAAUACUUUUUAACAAAUGAACGUUGCCGUUUCUCUGCUACACUAUGCUUCAGUCACCAGUGCCAAUUCUUUUUCUGGGGCAAACGGGUUGAGAAAAGCACAGUUUCCACCUUAUUAAAAAGAAAUAUGACAGAUUAAGCCAUUAAUCAGGGCAUGAAGCUUAUUGGUCGACUGGAUCAUAUUUAUGUAAGUUAUUGUGUCACUCCUACCUUUUUUAUAAAACUGAUUUGCCACCAAAAUAACCACCCGUCUUUAUACGGUGGUGUUAAGCUACUGUGGAGUGUCUCUCUCUCAGGGCUCUGGGUAAUCUCUGGUAAUGAGGCACUUUGCUAAUCUUUAUUUUGAAAAACAACUUUUCUUUAGUGUCUGAUGCAAGAUUGUGUGAGGAUUAUUCACGUAACUAGUCUAGUGUCAUUUAUGUAUAAACCUGUUUAAUGUGGCACCUUUAUCCCAUUCCACAGUCAAGAAUGAUCCAGUUAUUAGCCACCAAUUUACAAAGAGUUGACCAUUCAAAAUAUUAUCCAUAACAAGUUGCUCCAACAUUCUGUUGGUGAGAAAUAUUUGAAAACACAAAAAUCUGUAUAAAAACGAUACUUCAUUGCAACAGGCUAGGUUUGUUAAAAAUAAAUUAAAAUCUUGAGUAAUAUUGGCUUUUAUAAAAAAUCCCAUUUUUGCAGUCAUCGGUUUUAGUGCCGGAGCAUUAUUGAAAAGUCUCUUACAUUCAUUUAAAAAAAAAAAAAAACUAACACAUGAGAAAUAAUCAUCUUUUCAGUUUCCCUCAUAUUGUCUAUUAUAGCUAUCGUUCAAGGCUAUGGUGUAAACCACAAAGAUGUUCAAAGGAACCCUAAUGCCUUUCUUAUAGCGUUAACAAGAAAUACGAUAAUCAAGUAUGUUUCUUGAAUUUUCUGGAGAGCCAGACAGGAGACUGCUCAGGGGAAUUUACCGCUGCUCUGUGAUCAAAACCUUUUACCUUCAAAAGAAAAAAGGCUACUUUUCAGUACUUUAAUAAUAAGGUAAAUAAUACAAUUUGCUUAAAUUGUUUUUGAAAAUGAACCUUGGGCCGGAGAAACUUGCCCUGCUAAGGAUCCUGAAGUCUCAAGAGAAUGGCCUAAAUUGGAGUUGAGGUUUUUCCACUUGAAGCAGCAUUAUAUACAUGUCUAAUGUAUCACAGGAGUUAAAACAAAAUGCACUUUUUAUUUUUGUGAAUUUCAUUGAUUUGUAUGUUUUUCUUUCAAGGGGCUCUUGAAUUAAAGAGUUUGGGUGAUUGUUUUUUUUGUGGGGGGGACUACAAAUGGUUCAUUGUACAGCUAUGUUUGUCUUUGUCAAAUGGAAUAAAAUACGAUUUAGAUGAAAAAGUAAUAAAGAAUUUCAAACCUGAA